CUUCAGCUCAGGUAGGCGGAAGGUUACGCCUGUGUGUCACUGUCCUGCAGGUAAGCGGAAGUUGAGGAAGACAACCAAGCUGUCAGAAAUGACUUUAAUACAACUUCUACACUAAUAUGAUCUAAGGGGACAUAAACGCCACCAUGCCGAACUCAGGAGUAUGCUGUGCCAACCUGAAGGACAACAAAGCCCUGAUGAAGAUGGGGUUGGGGCUGGUGCUGGUGGGCCACGUCAACUUUCUUCUUGGAGCGCUGGUGCACGGCGCUGUGCUCAGACACAUCAACGUGCACUCUCAGGCCCGGACCAUGGUCUACGCCAUCUCUAAUGUCAUCGCCAUUGUGGCAGGCCUGGUUGGAAUUAUUGUUGGAAUAACUGCCAUUGUCCUGUCCAAAAACAAGAGAAACAGGAUCCUGCAGUGGGUCUUGUUGGUGUUGAGCUUCCUGGCCGGCCUUCUGGCGGUCGCCUCCACUGUGGCCUUAUUAGUUUCUAUGGUAAAAGCCAUCAGCAACAGAGGAUGGGGUCUGCUCACACACUGCACGUUUUCUGAACCUGUUGUCGACACCGCCAGCAUCACAUACGAAUGCCCCUUCGACCCCACACGUAUCUAUGGGACAACGAUCAUUCUGUGGGUUCCUCUCAUCUUAAUGUCCGUGGUGGAAACAGUGUUUUCCUUCCGCUGCUUCGCUGCCUGCACUUCAUUCCUCUACCUGUGUCCGUGCAGGAGGAGGCCGACCCAGGCCAGGAGGGUGCGUAUCCAGAGACCUGUGGACUAUCCACCGCUUCCUAAAGCACCCGACCCAGAGAGCGAGGCUGACCCUGAGGAGCCGGCAGAGCAGGACGAGCUGUUGGAAGAAGUCGCGGUGGAGCAGAGCGCGUGGCUCUGAAGCUCCUAAGCCUAAUGACAUGGGUUGCUAACUGCCUGGCUUACCUGGAUAAAAUGAAACACUUUCUGUGAAGUUACUGUGUCUGUUACAGAUUAAAUGUCUGAAAAAGCAAAAGGCAUUAUAUUUCCCUGUGAUUAAAUACUGCUGUUGGAUGGUUUUAAAUUAUCAGAUUUGUGUUUUGGGUGUUGCGAUGGCUCCCGUUUGUUGACAUUAAAAUGUUUUUUAUAAAUGUAGUUUUGUCUAUUAUUCUGCCAGCUUAACAUUUGUAUUAACAACAAAGGUACAUAAUGUUUAAGGGUAGUUUUUUUUUUUUAUUGGUGUUAAAAGUGUGUUUGCACACAUGGUCUGUCAGAUUUCAGAAUACAAAUAUAUACAACAAAUGAA